AUGUCUAGCGACUUGACCUGGCGGCCGUUGCCGCAGGCCACAUCAUCUGACAUACCGAUGCUUCUCGUCUCGGUUGAAAUCGGCGCCGCCGCAUACACCGUCCGGAUCACAGACAUGGCCAACAUCUGGGUUGAGAGCCUGGACCGAAAGGCCAUCUUCAUGAGGGGAUGGAGCGAGAACACAAGCAUAGACCCGAGUGAUACACCCGAGAAUAUGGCCAAAUUGCUUGGUAGUCUGAGAUCGGCCCUAGAUCCCACGCAGCCGGGCCAUGAGCAGACCUCCCUCACCCUGUCACCAGGCUCCUCCGCAGACGCUGGGGAGGACAGCCUCACACUGCUGGUGACCUGCCCGCUCCCGGGGUUCCAACCUCUCAAGUGGCCUAUUCAUCUCAACAAGUCUCCGCCGUCGGCUAUUGCUACUGAUCUCGUCUUGCCUUUGCUUGAGGCACAAUUUGCAAGAAAGCAAGAGGUGGACUCGCUCGUACAGGCGUUGCAGCAGAAAGACGCAGUCAUUGGCAAGUUGGCUGACAAGUUGGAGGCCACUGGGACUGGCCUCGAGCACGUCUUUACAUCUCUUUCGGGAAGAAAGAAGGUGUCGAGAGCCGCUGCGGAAGAUAAAGUGAAGGGGCUGGCGCCGUUCCGCCAAGACAGUUGGAGAUCAAGCCUCAAGGCGGUCGACUGCCCAACCAAUGUUGGCGAUCUUGCGCGGAAUGUCUUCGACGGGGAAGGACUGAACAGACGCUGCCAGAUACAAGUGGACGCCUCCCCAGCUCUGGAUAAAUGGUGGCAUGGUUUCAAGGGUGCCUCGCAGCUGGUGCACCGUCACAAGCGGCAAACAACUCCAUUUGCGAAAAGGUCGCCAUCGCCGAGAGCCAAGUCUACAAGUGCGGAGGACGACGACUUUCAAGUCCAGCCAACGCCUCCGCAUCUUCGGUCCAAGGAUAAAGGCUCGCCUGUAGCUAUAGCAGACGAUGAAUCGACAGCGGAUGAAGAGGAUUUGGAUGAGGAGCCAGCGCCGUCUCACCAAGCUCCGCAACCCAGCACAGGAAAGCCUGCGUCACGUAUGGCCAAUUUCGGCUCGGGUGAAUCGAAACCUAGGACCUCAAUACAGGAUACCAAGGCCACCGGUUCGCGGGCUACAACGGCACCAGCCCCGGAAGACGAUGUGAAAACGGCGUCAGAAGCCAGUGACGAAGAGAUGCCUUCGGUCCGUCCUGCAUCUUCCCCCAAGCCAACGCCAACGCCUCCGCCAGCGUCGCCUCGGCCUACCCCUAAGGUUGGAGGUCUAGGACGCAUCGGCGGUGCUUCAAAAAGGCAUGCUGCAGAGGCUGCAGCAGCUCCCAAGACCAAAGACACUGAGACUUCGGAGGAUCGGACGACCGCAAAGCCUCCCGCUACAAAGAAGCUGGGGCAUAUCGGGAAGAAGGCUGAUACAGGAAGCUCAAAAGCACCCGCAGCUGACAGUACUAAACGUGGACGCCCAACGGAGCGUGAAGAGUCCCAAGACGAAGAUGAACCCAGAGAAACUUCUCAGGAGCGCGCUGAUCGGAGGCGCGAAGAGUUGAAGAAGGAGCUUGAGAGGAAGGCAGCAGCUGGUCCGGCGAAGAAAAAGAGGCGAUUCUAA